AUGGCUGGUAUCGUUUCCGCAGCUAACAUCGGCGGCGUUGCCGAUCCUCGCCUUGGCGAUGAGGCAGAUAUAAUUGGCACUGAAAAAGAACACCCCAACAUUGAUAUACAUCACGACAUCGAACCUCCAAUUCUGUACGGAACAGGCUCCGUCUAUUUGGACUCUAAUAUUACCUUUGAGAACUAUCAUUAUUGGGCCGGUCGCUCUCGCGAGGUAGAGAAACACAUUCCAACAGACACUGCUGGUUUCGCAGGAAUAGGAAACCUCCUUCUAAAUCGCAAGGGGAAACGGGAGGAGCCAGCCGCUGAGCCGACCGAGCCUGCAUCUGUGGCCGAGAAAAGUAAUUUCGACCCGAAAAAUGCCAAUGCUCCUGGGACCGAAACGGCGAGGAGCGAUGUGAGUACGGAUAGGUGGGGCGUUAGCGAAACAGAAUGGGAGCAGGCGCAGAGAGCAGCUCGCACUGCAACUUGGGGAUCAAUAUUCUAUCUGAUCACCACUGAUAUUUUGGGCCCUACCAAUGUGCCCUACGCUAUCAGCCGAAUGGGUUAUGGUCCCGGUUUCGCUCUUUACACCGUAUUUGGUCUGAUGGCCUGUUACUCUGGCUUGCAGCUCUGGCGCAUGUUUACUGGCUUGGAUUCAACUCGAUUCCCGAUGCGCAACUACGGCGAUCUCGCUUUCCGUAUUUUUGGUAGUUGGGCCCGCAUCGGAGUGAACGUUCUCCAGAGUUUCCAGUUCUUCCUCAACGUAGCUCUGUUGAUUGAGACAAACGGACAGGGCCUAGCGCAAAUGGUGGCUGGUGUCAAGAACAAAGGUGGCUUUCUCUGCUUUGUAGCAGCUGAAAUCAUUUUCAUGGUGAUCGGCUUUGUUCUUGGACAGAUUCGAACUCUACAGCGUCUUUCUUGGCUAGCAAAUCUCGCUAUCUGGGGAAACGUUAUUGUUAUUAUCAUGACCAUGGUGGUUGUCUACAAGUAUCCUCCUAAUUAUGACGCGGUGAGGACAUCCUACGGAAUUCUAGAGGGACCUAAAGUCACGAGCGCCAAUUGGCCUUCUGGCUUAGACCUCAACGACAAGGUCACUGCCAUGAUGAACGCAGUGUUUGCUUAUGGUGGUGCCACUUUGUUCAAUGAGCUGAUGGCUGAAAUGCGACGCCCCUUUGAUUUCUGGAAGGGCUUCGUUUGUGCUGAGCUGUUCAUCUACGUCUGCUAUCUGGUCAACGGAAUGGUUGUCUACGCUGCUCAAGGCCAAUUUGUCUAUAACCCAGCCUACGAGGGAAUCCCCAAUACUCCGGGUGCAUACCGCUUCCAGACCCUCGGCAAUGCUCUUUCUUUUAUCACUGGCGCGAUUGCGGCCCUGCUUUACGGCAAUAUUGGAAUCAAGAUCCUUUAUUCUUCUGUGCUGCGUGAUGUUUUUCAUUUCCCGCCUCUCGACAGCAAACUUGGCAAAUGGAUGUGGGUUGGACUCGGUAAGUCCCUUACAGGUUUCUUUUUUGAGAACCCAAUUCCAACUUCCUUACUAACAAUCUUCCCAGUGCCCGUCUAUUGGAUCCUCGCCUUUGUCGUUGCCGCUGCUAUUCCGCAAGUUAGCAACUUAACAUCGUUUGUCGGUGCUGCCUGCAUCUUGCAAUUCUCUUACACAUUUCCACCUUUACUUUUGGUCGGGUAUCACAUCCAGAAGGAUGCAAUGCUACCAGAAGAGCAAUUCGACCCACGCACAGGACAGGCUCAACGUGUGGAUCAUGGUAUGAAGCGUUGGAUCCGUGGCUACAAAAAGAAAUUCUGGUGGAAUACCUUUGAUCUUAUUUACGCUCUUGCAGCUCUAGCGCUAGCGGGUUUGGGUAUCUGGGCGUCUGUUAUUUCGAUGCAUAAGACCUUCAAGUCUACGAAAUUAACACCCUUUACCUGUACCAAUCCUGCUGGUUGA